AUGAGCGACGGCGGAGCCGCUGCCGCCGCUGCCCCCGCCUGGCGCCUCUGCGCCCUCCUGGCCGCCGCCCUGCUGGGCGCCCGAGCCGAGCCCACCUGCCAGCGCGUCCGCGAAGCCUUCGGGGCGCUGCAGCCCGGCGCCCGCGGGGUGCUCGAGAGCCCCGGGCCAGGGUCAGAUUUGCAAAUAUGCAUCCCCAAAGCUCUCACCUGUUGCUCCCGCAAGAUGGAGGAGCGAUACCAAGGAUUGGCUCGCUCCAACAUGGAGCAGAUUCUCCAGACAGCCAGCAUGGAUUUGAAAUUCCUCAUCAUGCAGAACGCGGCCAUUUUCCAAGAAGCCUUUGAAAUGGUCGUGCGCCACGCCAGGGACCACACCAGCUCCAUGUUCAGGAGCUACUAUCGCCACGUGGCUGCCAGGACUUCUAAACUGGCGGGGGAAUUCUUCACCGACGUCUCCCUCUACAUCUUGGGCUCAGAUAUCAACGUCAACGACAUGGUCAACGAGCUAUUCGACAGCUUGUUCCCCUUGGUCUACCCCCACCUGAUCCACCCAGGAGCCCCCGACCCUCCCGUGGAGACCCUGGAGUGCCUACGGCUAGCCCGUCGGGACUUGAAGGCAUUUGGCCCCUUCCCCAAAAUCAUGAUGACCCAGGUGUCCAAGUCCCUGCAAGUCACCCGGCUCUUCCUCCAGGCGCUCAACCUCGGCAUUGAAGUGGUCAACACCACCGAUCACCUGAGGUUCAGCAAGGAGUGUGGACGGGCGCUGCUGAAGAUGUGGUACUGCCCCCAGUGCCAGGAGCUGCUCCUGGCCAAGCCGUGUGCCGGGUUCUGUGGCGGGGUGUUGCAAGGGUGCUUGGCCAGCGUGGUGCAGAUCGACGGUCACUGGCGGGAAUAUCUCCGCUCUCUGGAAGGCAUGGUGAAGGGCAUGAAGGGCACCUACGACAUAGAACACGUGCUGCUGAACCUCUUCUCUUUGGUUCAGGAUGCCAUCGGUUACAUGCAGAAGAACGCCGGGAAGCUGGUCACCACCAUGACGGCUUGA